CGACUCCCAAACGGCUCUUAAUGUAGACUCAUUUGUAGCCGUACAUUUUACCUUAACUUUGCAAAAAAUAAUGAUUUCGGGCCCACUGCUGUCUGUUGGCGCGGUUGUCGAAAAUCCGGAUGUAGAGAAUAUGAAAACAAAUGAGAAAUCCCUUUUUUGAUAAAUCUGAGGGGGAGUUCUCAACCAUGGAGAAUGGAAGGGUCGAUUUUCCAUUCCCCUACCAGGCAUAUAACAUCCAGCAGCAGUUUAUGCAAGCCUUAUACAGUACACUGGACCAGGGGAAAGUUGGCAUCUUUGAAAGUCCAACUGGGACAGGCAAGUCUCUGAGUUUGAUAUGUGGAGCGCUGAGUUGGCUCACAGACAUCGAGGAGAGGAGGAAAAAAGAGGCAGCUGCUCUACUCCAGGAAGGAGAAGCUGUUCUCACCACUAAUACAACUGAGUCCUCUGCGUCCAGCUCCUCAGCAGAGCCCGACUGGAUCACUGAUUUUGUUCAAAAAAAGGCAGAACGAGAUUUGGUGUCUAAACUGAAGGAUGAAGAAUUGAAGAGAAAGAAGAGGGAGGAGCGAUUAGAAAUGAUUAGAAACAAUGCUCAGCUGAAGUAUGCAAUGAAAAGAAAGAGCUGUGAAGAUGAUGAGGCUUUUAAAUUGCUUGAGCUAAGCAAAGAAGAGCCAACAGAGGGACAGGGAGAUCGAGAGGACGAGGAGCUCAUCGUUGCAGAAUAUGAGAGUGAUGAUGAAUCAAAAACCAGGAGCAAAUUUAAUGGUGCUGAGGAUGACACUCAAGAUGACCUUGUUGAAGAACAUGUCGCAAAGAUUUACUACUGCAGCCGCACUCACUCCCAGCUGGCUCAGUUUGUCCAUGAGGUUCAAAAAAGCCCCUUCAGCAAGGACAUCAGUCUGGUCACACUGGGCUCACGGCAGAAUCUGUGUAUCAACGAGGAGGUGCGUCGCUUGGGCAGCAUCCAGCGCAUUAAUGACCGCUGCCUGGAGAUGCAGAAAAACAAACAUGAGAAGCAGAAUAAUGAAGAGGGAGUCAAACGUAAGCGAAACGCAGCAAAGACUGUGUGUCCCUAUAAAAAAGCUUCAGUGAUGCAGCAGAUGAGGGACGACAUCCUGGGUUCAGUUCAUGACAUCGAGCAGCUGCUGAAGCUGGGCAAAGAAACCCACUCAUGUCCGUAUUACUCCACACGCCUCGCUGUCCCCCCUGCACAGUUGGUGGUGUUGCCCUAUCAGAUGGUGCUCCAUGAAGCUACAAGAAAGGCAGCAGGGAUCAAACUGAAGGAUCAGGUGGUGAUAAUAGACGAAGCUCAUAACCUCAGUGACACACUGUCGUGUAUACACAGUGCAGAGCUUUCUGGAGCACAGCUUUGCCGUGCUCACUCUCAGCUCACACAGUAUUCAGACCGCUACAAGAGCAGACUGAAGGCAAAGAACCUGAUGUACAUCAAACAGAUUCUGUUUGUGAUUGAGGGACUCGUCCGGGUGCUGGGAGGAAAGGUUGGCCAAAAUCCACAAAGUCAGGCUACACAAUCUGGAACUGAAAUGCUCACCAUUAACAACUUCCUCUUCAAAGCUCAGAUUGACAACAUCAACCUCUUUAAGUUACAGAGAUACUUUGAGAAGAGCAUGAUCAGCAGGAAACUGGGUAGCUUUGUGGAGAAGUACGCAGGAUCAGGUGUGACUCUGCACACUCAGAGCACCUCCAACAAAGAGAACCGCCGAACAGAGGGAUUGAAUCGUUACCUUCAGACUUUACAGAACAACCAGAGUGCGUCACAAGUUCCUUCAUCAGACCAGCAGGUAUCAGCAGAGGCAGAGAAAGUGUUGGCCGUGUCUCCUAUGAUGCAGGUGGAAGGUUUCUUCUUGGCUCUCACUAACAGCAACACAGACGGCAGAGUGGUGGUGCAAAGACAAGGGGCUUUGUCAGAGAGCAUUGUCAAGUUCCUGCUGCUGAAUCCAGCAGUCCACUUUGCCCAGGUACUGAAGGAGUGCAGAGCAGUCAUCAUUGCAGGAGGAACCAUGCAGCCAGUUUCAGACUUCAAACAAGAGCUGCUGUUUUCUGCCGGAGUGGGAGAGGAGCGCAUCACUGAGUUUUCCUGUGGUCAUGUAAUUCCUCCUGAGAAUAUUCUUCCCCUUGUCUUGUGCAGCGGUCCGUCUGGUCAGGAGCUGGAUUUCACUUUCCAAAACAGAGACUCUCCACGCACGAUGGAUGAGACAGGGCGCAUUCUCUCCAACAUUUGUAACGUGGUCCCAGGCGGGGUUGUGUGUUUCUUCCCUUCUUACGACUAUGCAAGACGGAUGAUUUCUCACUGGGAGGCCAGCGGCGCACUGACACGUCUGGCCAAUAAGAAGAAGAUCUUCCAGGAGCCAAAGAAAGCUAACCAGGUUGAGCAGGUGCUGAGCGAGUUCUCCCGUUGUAUCCAGAGAUGUGUUGCAGACAGCAGUGGGCUUACAGGAGCUUUGUUGUUCUCUGUGGUUGGAGGAAAGAUGAGCGAGGGCAUCAAUUUUUCUGACGAUCUGGGCAGGUGUGUGGUGAUGGUGGGAAUGCCGUAUCCUAACAUCAAAUCUCCAGAGCUGCAGGAGAAGAUGUCCUAUCUGGACAAAAACCUGACUCACAGUGGAGGGAGGAGUCCUGGACAAGCACUGAUAGAAAACCUCUGCAUGAAGGCCGUCAACCAGUCCAUUGGAAGAGCAAUCCGUCACCGGGGCGACUAUUCCUCAGUGGUGCUGUGUGACAGAAGAUAUUCCCGACCUGCUACCCUCGCUAAACUGCCCUCGUGGAUCAAAGAUCGCACCAGUACACACACUACAUUUGGUUCUGCAUUUGCUGCGUUAAGAAAGUUCUUCCUGGAAAAGAAGCAGAAGCCGGUGUAGUUUCAACUUAACCAAGUUGAUAAGGAACAUUGAGGAAAAAAGGGUGUUGAUGAAAAUUUAAAAUACUCAGAGGGCCUCUGUUAGAGCCCUCUAAUGCUGCUGUAUGUGCACAGUUUGAACAUUUUGAGGCCAGCAAAGGUCUGACUGCUCUCGACUGGAGUUUAAGGCUCAACCAGGGAGGCAGUUUUUCUUUUCAUUACAUAAUUCUUUCUCUUAUUUACAGUUCAGUUUUCUAACAGCCUCAUUUGCUUUUGUUCUGCUAAGAUCUGCUAAGAUAUCUGAUGAAGAGAAGUGAAGAUAAACCAGAGAGUAAUAAAUUAAUUUGAUAGUAUUUGAGGCCAGAGAGGCAAAACAAAUGUGCAUUUAUCUGACUGACUAAUGUUUUUCAAAUUCACCUGGAGGCAAAAAUGGUAGCUUUGAGUAUUUUUAAAUCAGACUGUAGAAAUGAAUGACUGAAGCAUCUAGUGCAAGUAUAUCAAACACACAGGCUCAGGCUUCCAUGUAACUGAUUUACCCUUGAAGGUGAAAUUAAAUAUUUAAAGCACUCAGCUGUUAUGUAAUGCAAAAAUUACUUUUAUUUAAUGGAGAGAUGUUAGUGAGAUGAUUUCAGUUAGACUUCUUAUACAUUUUUUUUUGUGGAUGUUAUGAAAAUAUGUUUUACACUGAAUGACAAUAAAAUGUUGAUCACUUGUGUUUCACUUGA